AUGGGAUUAAAACUUAUUUUUUUAAUAUUUUGCAUUAGUACAGUAUUUAUCUUAUCUUUAACUGUAUUAAAAAUCAAUGUUAUAAGUAAUACAAAACUAAAAUUAAAAUACUUAUACAGUGCAAGUUAUAUAGAUAAAAAUAUUUCGUCAGUUAUAAAAUUUAUCAUUAAUCCAAAAUGUGACUCAAAUUUUGUGGUUUGGAUUGUUACUUCCUCUGCAAAUGAUCCUUCAUAUAGAACAGCAUUAAGGCAUGCAUAUCCAAGUGAGAUAUUAGAAACUUUGAAUAUUACAAGAGUUUUUUUGUUGGGAAUGCCAAAAGAGAAAAAUAUAUGGAAAUAUAUUUUAAAAGAAUCUCAGACAUAUAAUGAUUUACUGCAAGGUAAUUUUUUAGAAAAUUAUAGAAACCUUACAUUAAAACACUUAAUGGGUUUAAAAUGGGCAUCAAGCAAUUGUAAAGCUACUUUUCUGAUAAAAAGUGAUGAUGAUACUGUGUUAGAUAUUUUUGAAAUACUAAAAUUUUUACAAGAAAGAAGAAUAAAAGAAAAUGCUAUAUCAGGAUAUGUUUUAAAAGAGAUGAAACCGAUACGAAUAUCAAAUAAUAAAUGGUUUGUUACUAGACAAGAUUUUCCAGAAAAUGUUUAUCCUGAUUUCCUCUCAGGAUGGUUUUAUAUAACCAGUUUAAAAGUUGCACAAUUAUUAUUUCACACAAGUAAAAAAUUUAAAAAUUUUUUUUGGAUUGACGAUGUAUUUAUUACUGGAAUUUUGAGACAAGAAUGCGGUAUUAAACUUGAGGAACUAAAUAAUUUUUAUACAACAGAUUAUAGGUAUUUAGAGUGUUGUAUACGAGGUAAAAAAGAGAAGCUCAAGUGUGAGUUUAUUGCAGGACCUGAUGGAGGCAAAAAGGAAUUACAUAUUAAAUUUAGAAAAUUUUCAGAAUAUUGUCAAUGGAACUGUUAUAAAAGAAGGAAAGAGCAAUUAUUAUCAAAAACUUGUGUAGCUGCUUAUGAAGAAAAAAUAAGUAUUAUAAAUUCUAAAGCUCAA